AUGACUUGGUGUGCUAAAAUUUAUGAUAUAUUUAAUGGAUGGACUGAUGAUGAACAUGAAUUACCAUCAACACCAGCUGCGAAAUCAAUUAAUGGCCUACCAGAAACAUCAUUAUCAUCGCAGAUUGCCCGUCUUAAUUCAAUGCACGAUGCCCCAUAUCUUGAGAGAUCUCAUUCGAUAUCAAGUAUAACUAAUCCAACAAAUUAUAAGAAAAAAAAUCAUGAUCGUUAUUUUUCAUAUGAAAAUAAUUGUUAUUCUCAAGAACAAAAAUCUUAUGGUGUUGCAACAAUUUCAAAUAUGUCACUCAAUCUUCCAUCUUAUUCAAAGUAUAUGGGAAGCACAAACGAAUAUUUUCAAGAACAACAGCAAUUGGCAAGAAGUUAUUCAUUUGAAUUACGUCGCAAUAAUUUUAUGUUACCAUCUGUUGAUAAUAAUAAUAUAUCACCUGCUGUCAGAUAUCCAACAGCUCAACAACGGAAUAUGAUAGAAAAACCAUUACGAUCAUCUUCAAUUAAUGUUCUGACGAAUAAUAAUAGUUCGAUGAUUGCUAGUCGAAUGUCAUUACCCAAUAGACAGGAACCAUUAUGUCCACGAUUAUCAACACGUUCUUCCUACUCAGUUCCUGAAUAUGAAACUAAUGAUAUUCCAUCGAGUAACAAUGAGCAAGUUGAACAAGCAAUACAAUAUUAUAUAAAAGAAAUGUUAACAUCAUCACCAAAUAGUAUAUUUCCAAUGGUUUAUAGUUUUCCGCCCAAUGAUAUGUUACAAUACAAUGAUCGUUGUCGUAUUGAAGGUGGAUAUGAUGAACCAUCUCAAUGGAUAAUUCAAACAAAAAUCGCUCCUGUUGAAUGUCGAAUUAUAUCUGAUAAUGUUGCUUCAAUUUAUUCAACUUAUUUUUAUGAUCAAUAUCAUUAUAAUUUAUUUGCAAUUGAUGAUAAUUCAAAUCCAGUAAUUAUGUCAAUAAAACCACAUGAGAAUAAAUUAACAAUAAUUGUUCGUACAAAAGAAAGUUCACAAUGUAUGGAUUUAAUUGAAAAUGAUUCGAAUUCAAUUGAUUAUGUUUAUUUAUCAAAACAACUUUAUCCAGAUUUACAAGUUGAUCAUUUCGAGAAUUGCGCAACUUUAAAAGCACAACAAUUUAUAAAAGCAUAUGAUGAAAAACUAGAAACACAUAAAUUUAAAUUUGGUGUUAUUUAUCAAAAACGUGGACAAACUACAGAACAAGAAUUUUUUAAUAAUGAAAGACAUGGACGAGCAUUAGAUGAAUUUCUUGAUAUUAUUGCUACAAGAGUUUCAUUAAAAAAUUUUAAAGGUUAUCGAGCUGGACUUGAUGUUAGUGAACAAACAGAUUGUCCAAUAUCUUAUUAUGAAUUAUAUGAUCAAAAAGAAAUUAUGUUUCAUGUUAGUACAUUAUUACCAUUUACACAUACAGAUACAUCACAAAUUCAACGUAAACGUCAUAUUGGAAAUGAUAUUGUUACAAUUGUUUUUCAAGAAGAAAAUACACCAUUUCAUCCAAGUAUGAUCAAAUCAAAUUUCCUACAUGUUUUCCUUGUUGUACAACCUGUACAAGUACUUUCAAGAACAUGUUAUAAAAUGACAAUAGUCACUCGUGAUGAUAUUAAACCAUUUCCUCCGACUCUUCAUCGAAAUGUUGUUUAUGUUCGUACUGCUGAACAAUUAAAACCAUUUAUUCUAUCGAAAUUAAUCAAUGCGGAAUAUGCGGCAUAUCGUUGUCGAACAUUUUCUUUGUUACAAGAACGUACACGUUGUUCAUAUUUAAAAACAUUAUGUGAAAAUUUAACGGAAAAAUCUUAUGAUUCGUUAUGUGAUGAAAAAAAACGUGCAAGUAAUCGUCGUUUAUCAAUAUUAUCAAAUUCAUCUAAAAAACGUUAUUUUUCGAAUGUGAAAAAAAUUUUUACAAGAAGUAAUAGUACACCGGAUGGUCCACAACCAUCAUCAUCAUCAAAUAAAUCUGAACAAAUAAUAAAUGAUAAAGAACGACGAAAAAGUGGAAAAAGAUUAUUACGGUUAGGAAAAUCAAUUGAUAAUGAUAAUGAUAAUGAUAAUCAGCGUUCAUCGAUUGCAGUUUCUUUACCCGACCAUGAAUUAACACGUGAAAAUGAUUUAAUUAAUCGACGUGGAAUACGUCGAAGCAAUGAAAGUUUAGAUAGUAGUAGUGAUUUACCAUCGUUAGAACAACGUUCAGCAAUACAACAGUAUCCAGUACGUUCGAUACAUACAUAUUACGGAGAUGAAUCUGAUGAAGGAUUGGAUAGUAUGUCAUCAGCAGAUACAGCUUUUUCGCAUAAUCAUAAUCGACCACCAUACGAUAGUGAUGAUCAAGAUGCUUAUAGACAACAACUUCGUGAAAAAUCUCAGCCAACUCAUAUUUCUCAUCCAUGGCAUCGUGUGUCUGGACAACGUCAAGGCAAUAUACAGAUCUAUACACCACAAACAGCUGGUAUUCACAUAAGUGAAGCAGCAACUGUUUAA